UCACCACCCAACUCCACGUUGCUCGCAACUACUUCUUCUUCACUUCGUUUUGUCUCUUUUCCUUCUUUCCAGGCCAUAGACUCGCAAUCAUGAGCGGCCUACGGUUCCUCGACCUCGUUAAGCCUUUUGUUCCUCUGGUCCCUGAGAUUCAGCUGCCAGAGAGCAAGGUUCCAUUCAACAACCGACUAGUAUGGACUGGUCUGACGCUCCUGGUCUUCCUGGUGAUGAGCCAGAUGCCGCUGUACGGAAUUGUGUCGUCUGAUACUUCGGAUCCGCUAUACUGGCUGCGCAUGAUGAUGGCGAGUAACAGGGGAACGCUGAUGGAGCUCGGUAUCACACCAAUCAUCACUUCCGGCAUGGUCUUCCAGCUCCUCGCGGGUACCCACUUGAUCGAUGUCAACCUCGACUUGAAGUCGGAUCGUGAGCUCUACCAGACUGCUCAGAAGCUACUCGCCAUCUUGUUGUCCUUCGGCCAGGCCGUCGUCUACGUCAUCUCGGGUCUCUACGGACAGCCGUCUGAUCUCGGUGCCGGUAUCUGCGUUCUCCUCGUCAUUCAGCUCAUGAUCGCCGGUUUGAUCGUUAUUCUCCUCGAUGAGCUGCUCCAGAAGGGCUACGGUCUUGGAAGCGGUAUCUCUCUCUUCAUUGCGACCAACAUCUGCGAGUCCAUCAUGUGGAAGGCUUUCUCGCCCACCACUAUCAACACUGGCCGUGGUCCUGAGUUUGAGGGUGCCAUCAUCGCCCUUGUGCACCUGCUCUUCACCUGGCCCAACAAGACUGUCGCUCUCAAGGAGGCUUUCUACCGCCAGAACCUCCCCAACGUCAUGAACUUGAUCUCCACGGUCAUUGUCUUCGGCGCUGUCAUCUACCUCCAGGGCUUCCGUGUCGAGAUUCCCGUCAAGUCUGCCCGCCAGCGUGGUGUCCGCGGCUCAUACCCCGUCCGCCUGUUCUACACCUCCAACAUGCCCAUCAUGCUGCAGUCGGCUUUGUCUUCCAACGUCUUCUUGAUCAGCCAAAUGCUGUUCAGCCGCUUCUCUGAUAACCUCCUUGUCCGUCUUCUCGGUGUCUGGGAGCCCAAGGAAGGAUCUGCUCAGCUUUUCGCUACCUCUGGCAUUGCUUACUACAUGUCCCCUCCUCUCAGCAUCUCCGAGGCUCUCUCUGACCCCUUGAAGACCGCUGUCUUCAUCACCUACAUGCUCGUCGCCUGCGCCGUCUUCUCGAAGACCUGGAUCGAAGUCUCUGGUUCAUCCCCCCGCGAUGUCGCUAAGCAGCUCAAGGAGCAGGGUCUUGUGAUGGCUGGUCACCGUGAGGAGUCCAUGUACAAGGAGCUCAAGCGCGUCAUUCCUACUGCUGCUGCUUUUGGUGGUGCUUGUAUUGGUGCUCUCUCCGUUGGCAGUGAUCUUCUCGGCGCUUUGGGCAGUGGUACCGGUAUCCUGCUUGCUGUUACUAUCAUCUACGGAUACUUUGAAAUCGCCGCCAAGGAGGGCGACAUGGCUGGCCUUAAGGGUAUGGUCAUGGGAUAAAUGGCUUCCACACUUAGGAGAAGUGGAGGAUUGGAAUGCGUUUGAAUGUUACACAUCUUCUUAUUGGAUUGGAGUUGAUGACCAUGGCUUAGAUGCUGCAGAGCAUCAUGUAUACUACGAAGGGCAAGACACCAAAAGUAAGCAUCGUAUGUUGGAAGGCCCAAAAGUCAUAACGUCUUAUUCGCGUGGCGUUUGCCAUCUUGCCGUUUUGGGCAGCUUGUAUGUGUACAUGGUCUGUCUAGAGUAAUGUACAAUUACGAUGUGUAUGCUUUGUCCGAAACUGAACCUCCUGGUCUGGCGCCAUGUGCUUUUUAUUCCUUGCCCCAUCCAUCUCGAGCAGCUCCUUCAUUGGGGUCGAGUGGAGGAGUUGCGAGCUCACAGACAUAUUACUGUUGUUGCUGUGCCUCUAAACGAUGGCUUUGAAUGGUCGGAUGCCUGUUGCUUAUAUGGGCUUUGCCUUGCGGAGAGGUCUCCAG